UUUAUAUUUAUUUUGAUAAUUAAUAACCUGAAAGUAAAUAAAUUCUAAAAGUGUUGGGCCAACCAUUUCAACCAAGUCAGAGGGAGAGAGCGAGAGAGAGAAGGAGAAGGAGAGGUGAUAGGGUAAUGUUUUUCAAUCGACUGAUGAGUCUCAGUUGUCUGGGCGGCGACAAGGCGGCGUCCACUAGCUCAGAUUGCGAUUGUGAUGAGAUGGUAUCAAAUGAGCCGGUCAUACUGAAUAUUUAUGAUCUGGUCGAUAUCAAUAUGUAUACCAUGCCCCUGGGCCUGGGCGUCUUUCAUUCGGGCAUUCAGUUGUAUGACACUGAAUAUUGCUAUAGCGGACAUAGUUAUUCAUUCACUGGGAUCUUUGAAAUCCAACCAUGCGAUGGCCAGGCCACACUGGGAGAACAUUGUCGCUAUCGUGAGAGCGUUCUGCUGGGCUAUACGCAUUUCAGUAGCGAGGAGGUCCAACGGAUUGUCGAACAAUUGGGUCUCCUAUAUACGGGCCACUGCUAUCAUUUGAUUCGCAACAAUUGCAAUCAUUUCUCGAAUAGUUUGGCCAAAAUUCUCUGCAAUCGUGGCAUACCACGUUGGGUCAAUCGUUUGGCCCAUUUUGUGGCUUGUGUUCCGUUUUUGGAGCGUUGCCUGGACAGGCAAUUAACUGGAUAAGUUCUGCUCUUAUAUGGAACAUCGACAUGGAGAUAGAAAGAGAUUGAGAGAGACAGAGAGAGAGAGAGAGAGAGAGAGAGAGAGAGAGAGAGAAAGAAAGAGAUAAUGAGAAGGCCUAGACACAUUAACAAACUUCAUUUAUUUGUGUUUAAAUUGAUUUAUCAAUGUUUUAUUGGCAGAAUACAAUCUGACCUUUGUUAUUUUCGUUAUUAAAAUUUCAUUUGCGAGUACA